ACAGCGUCAACGUUGACGUCUUCGGGCGGUGCCUUCUGUGGCCUCGGCUCGAGCAUUUCUGCCAAUGAUUUGGCGUGGAAGUUUAGGGGCGAUCUGUGCUGACAAAGCACGCCUUCAUGCUGGAUUCGAUGGUGUUGGUCUUGUUGCUGGUGAUGAACUUUGCUGGUCCAAUCAACAGUUUAGUCGCACCUUCGUUGUUCCCGCCUCCGUCAUGGGCCCCGAACUGGGAUCUGCUCGCAAGUACAACUAUUCAACCAAGCGGCGAUAGCUAUUUCAUGCCAAAUCACACAUGGGGCUUGAUCAGUCUGGAUUGGAGUGUUGCCAAGAGUGUUUGGAUGAGGCACGGCCGCAACAGGACGAAUUGUGAGGCUGUCAGCGUGGAGGGAUGCCGUCGUCUGAAGGCCGCGGGGAAAGCAAGUAGAUGCUUCAUUUACCACAACAUGGAAUUGGCUCUCGAAUGGGAAGAGACUCAGCGUAAGGUCAUGUAUGAUCCAUCGACCGCGGAUUAUUUUCUUCAGUACACUGAUGGCAUGGGCAACAAGAACGGAACCAUAUACGCCGAGAAUAUAGAAGAGGGCGACCAGUUCUUUUGGGACUACACGAACCCGAAAGCAGCGGCGUAUGUCAUCUCCUCGAUACUCAGGUCAGUGGACGAUCCUGCUGUAGACGGAACAUUCACUGACGAUGUCAAUGGUUUCCCACAAGAGCACGAGUCCGCGACGGCUCGUAUCAACAUGAGCCAUCAGCAGCUCGCAGCGCUGCAGGCUGCCACCAGGGUCACCCACGCCAAGCUCGUGGGGGAGCUAGUUAAAGCUGGCAAGUAUAAUUGGCAAGCGUUUGGGGUUGGUGAUGGUGCAGGAGUAACGUGUCCUUCUGACCCCAAAGGUUGCAGCGCUUUCAUGCAGACGGGUUGCGACCCCGAGAUGCAGUCGAGGCCGAUGAUGAUGGAUGCAGCCCAUGCUGACAAUCAGACCGUAGCUGCUUUCUUGAUCACUAGGCCACCCAUCGGCUUCAUUGGCUGGGGUUGGGAAUCAGGUGACAGCAAGUGGCCUUCGUCUGAUGUGUUUCUGCUCAAACCUGGAGAGCCCCAGGGACUUUGCAAACAAGAGCAGCCCGGUAUUUAUUCAAGGCAGUGGAGUAAGGGCAAAGUCGUUUUGAAUUGCAACGAAUGGACUGCCUCCUUACCCUUCUCUCACAUUGAUCAACCCUCUGGGGGCAGGGUAAAGAGUGUUUCAGCGGACGUCUUGGUUGAAUGAUCCUGCUUUUCAUCAGGCCGCUCCGGGAAAAGAAUAUGGGCUGCUAUCUUGACGGUGAGUUGCCCCCUGGCUGUGCGCAUCAUGGAAGGAGGUCCAGAUGCCACACUACACCCAUCCCCGUACCACAGCGUGCGGUCAAGUGUGAUUGGUGAUUGAUUACACUUGCUAUACUUCUACUGGUUGCUCAGAUGUUCUAUCUCACCAUCUUCUCCUUUGGAUCAAUCAGAUGGCGGGUUUGUGUAUGCACGGACAGUUGGUUGGCAAGGCGAUUGGUUCAUGUUGCGCGCAUGUGGUAUCAUCAGUUGCUUGCACGCUCUCCCAGCAGCGUUUCGUUUCAGGGGGAGCCAUGCGGGCCCCACUGUGGCAGCAGCGUCGCUCGCUUGAACAGCCAAGGAGAGUAUCGAUUGCUCAGCUUGAGAUCUGAUGCCAGGACGAUCGGUACGCAUGACGUGGCCGGCCCGGGCGGCGGCUCGAUAUUCAUGCAGCCGCCCGCAUGCUUCUCCAGCGUUCGGCCUCGCGUGGCCAGGCACGCCAGCCCUCCGCGUGUGCACCCAGCGCGUGGGCUCCGCACGCUCCGCAUGACCAUUCAGCUGUGCGUACAUCGAGUUUCAUGGUGCACGUUCGUUCCUUUCUUGUGUGUCGCUUUGCGGCAAUACUAGCUGAGGGUUCGAUCGGAGGGACAACUAGGAGCACCUCAGGAGGGGCCACGGAGGCGCUUCUGACUCAGCGGUGCCCUGCGAGCGCUGGUGGCGGCACUUCGCAGAAGGUGUGAGAGGGGGCGAGAAGGAGGAGAAGGGCGUGUCUUAGGCAGCUCGAGGCGG